AUGGCGACAACUCUGUGCUCGCGGACUCUCAUCCGCCAUCGAACGAUAAUCCCCAAACCAACAAUCAGAGUCCGACAACCCUACCAACGACAAUUCGCCUCUUUCACCCGAUCAAACAACUCCAUCUCAACAUCUCCAUCUCUAUACCGCUCCUCAAUCCUCUCCAAACUCCCCACCACCCCCUUCACACCCACCCGAACCUUCACCUCAACCUAUUUACGACAAGCAACAUACAACCAAGUCCGCCGCGGCUGCCGCAAAGAACAACGCGCCCGCCGCGGCCGUUCCCCCGCCCUCGCAAACAGGCCCGAAAUGAAGGGCGUAUGCCUCAAAACCGGAAUCACAAAGCCCAAAAAACCCAAUUCCGGCGAACGGAAAACUGCUAGAAUUCGAUUGAGCUCGGGGAGAGUUGUGACGGCUUAUAUCCCUGGGGAAGGACAUAAUGUGCAACAGCAUAGUGUUGUUAUGGUUCGAGGCGGGAGAGCGCAGGAUUGUCCGGGAGUAAAGUAUCAUCUUGUUAGGGGGGCGUUAGAUUUGGGUGGUGUUGCGAAUCGAUUGACGAGUCGGUCCAAGUAUGGUACCAAGAAGCCAAAGGCUGAUUAG